AGCGCGAAAAUUUUUCUGGAACAUCAGUGUCGGGUCAAAGCGGAAACCGGAAGUAGAAAAAAACGAAAAUGGUGGUAGUGGGCAAUACGCAAGUCACAGCGCGCACCCUGAUCGAAGCGCCACAGGGUGUGCAAGUGAUUGAUCCAAAAAUUUUCAUUGUUGAAUUUGGAUUAAAUAUUGAUCAAAAUGAUUGGCAGUGUUCAUUUUUUAUUAUUCACAGUUCUGAUAGCAGACGCAGUACAUUCGGAGGUUCUCAGUGCCAGCAAUGUACAAACCUGCAAGGAUCUUUGCGUCAGCUGUAGUGGAACUUCAACAUUUGACAAUAACAUUUGCAAUUGUCAUGUACCAGACAACGAUGAAAAAGCCACCGAGUGCAUGAGACACAUACUAAAGAAACAAAUUGAAAAAUCCAAACUGCCAUUACCGUCGAGUCAAGAAUUUGCCAAUCGUGGUACACGAUGCAGUAAAAACCCUCUGGUAAAAGCAAAAAAACGCAUUAGAUCAGGCGACGUGGAUCGAGUCGUGAAUUAUUUCGUAAGUGGUGGUCCUAUAACCGGCGUGUCUCCGCUCGUCGGUAGUGCUCAAGCGAAUUGCGAAACGAAAAGUUCAGUGGACAAUAAAACAGAGGUUGCGCCUUUGUCGGAGGAAGCCAAGCUAGCGGAGGGUAGAAGUGCAUCUGAAGAAAAUACUGUUAAACCUAUUGUCACCGAAACAAAAAUCGUCACAACAUCUAAACCCUCUGAAGAAAUUGACGACGAAGAUGUUCACACUAUCGAACCUCGAUCUUUCCUGCAUCAUCAUCGACGUUUUCUAAAUGCUCUUCCCCGAGCUUUGCUUGGAAUUCCACAAGCAUUGGUCAGCGCUGUUGCUCCGCUAGCUGGAGCACCAUACCCUGAGAUUGUGAGUGCUCCGCAAAGCCAACACCACUCUGGAUUACACAAUCCACAUUUACUUGGAGCUGUUGCCCCUCUGCAAUAUGGGCUCUAUAACGACCACGCAGUUCCAGCUCACAUUCUUGCAACAAAUCCAAAACAUACUGAUGCUUCACUACAAGAUCAGCUGAUAAAUCCUUACCUCGGAAUGGUAAAUCCUUUGCUGGUCGCAGCACAAAGAACAUAUCCUCAUCGUAGCUUUUCAAGAUCUUCUCCCUUUGUUCCUGUACUUGAACUCAUCAACCCAGAAUUUUAUAACAAAAAGCAGGAUGGCACACAGACGACUGAUGAAAAAGUAACUCCUCUAGAUGUAACAAAGUCUUCACAGUCAACUCAAAAAUCCGAUGAGAAACCGUCUCUUCUGCAUCAAGCUAUUAUACAACAGAAUGCCAUUCUGGAAUCACUCAGCGAACAAUUACGUAAUUAUUCACCUUCCCUCGGAGCACCUCAAUCUCAACAGACAUCUAUUCAACCUUCUUCAGGAACUCCGGAAUCAAUGAAACCAUGUUACUGCCCUGCGCAAGAGCCAAAGGUUGGGUCAAUGAAGGAUAUUUUCCCACAAACAUCAGAUCGACUUGCAAGAUUGCGAACCAAAAAUGCCAGAUCUCUGGAAGCAAGUACACCCGCAGCGAAACCUGAACCAACCAAACCAACAUUGAAACAAAAAACCAAAUCUAUUGGAGUAACAAUGAACUCACCAACCGAACAACCCAAAGAAAAUUCUGAUAGUACAACACCCAUUAGCAAAGUUCCAAGACGAUCUCGCGAACCGGUCGUCAACCUUCAAGAAAACCAUUGGCAAUAUUUACCACAAUAUUUGAAUCAAUUACCAGAAAAUGUUUACUUCACUUAUAGGAAAAAAAGAACAAGCGUCAAGCAUAGUGAUGAAGAGAAGACAAACGUUGCAUAAUUAUAAAAAGUUUGUGAAUUUUGUACAUGUAGGAAUAAUUUUGUUUUAACUUUUUUACCUGUGCUCUUAAUAAAUUUAUGGAUAUGAAAAAAA